CAGGCCGUGCCGGGCGGACGCGGACGCCAGCGCUCCCCGGGCGGCGCCGCCGCCGAGGGCCCCGCGGUCCUAGCGCCGCCGCCGCCGCCUUCCCCCUCCUUCCUUCCCACCCAGCUUUUAGAUCUGCACCAGACCGGAGCCCAGCAACAUGGCAGCAAUCCCAUCAAGCGGCUCGCUCAUGGCAACACACAACUACUACAGGAGGCGCCUGAGUUCGACAUCGAGCAACAGCUCCUGCGGCAGCUCGGACUACGCCGGCGAGGUCAUCCCGCACCCGCCGGGUCUCCCCAAGUCAGACCCGGGUCACUGGUGGGCCAGCUUCUUCUUCGGGAAGGUGACUCACCCGGCCAUGACCACGGUGUCGGAGUCCCCGGAGAGCCUGGGAGCCGCCGCGCCGGCGGCCGGCGCCGGCUUGGCCUGCGGCACGGUGCCGGCCGGCGGCAGGAAGCGCCACGCCAGCGAGCCCAGCCAGCCCCGCGCCGGGCCCUCGGCGUGAGCUGCUCUCCCACCUCCGCGGAGCGGGCGCUGCUCUGGGUCACCGAUGCCGGCUUCUAAGAAAAAGCAAGAAAAACCAAAAAAAAAAAAAAAAUUCUACACCAGCCUUUUUACUGUUUUGUAAUGCCGCUUUCUUUCCUUACGGACUCGGUAAUGUGUUUGUUUACUUGUGCGAUGGCAACUAAUAAACUCGAGCAGCCUUUUAAAA